AUGACUGCCAACGUCAACAAGCCUACGGAUAUCAAGCAGAAGGAGGCGGAUAUCAACCGAAAACUUCAAAUCUACGGCAUUUUCAGUGCUUUCAAGCAAGGCAAAGUCCCCUCUAACGACCAAAUUGAUGUUGCCUUGAACAGCUUCCUCGCCUCCAAAGCACUCGGUACCCCCCCAGAGAAUCUUUCCGAGGAUGGCAAGAUUCUUGUCGCGGACACCAGAGAGGUGGUCCGACUAGCCAAGAACCUCCUGCUCUCCAAGAACGAGGGCAAUUUAAUUCAGGAUUUUAUCUGGCAAACCACUCAGUUUGAUCCCAAGUCUGUCCAGGGUCCGAAUGCGCCGGUGAAUAAGGACCAGGCCAAGCGUGAUGGUGAUGAGGCUCUCGAGGGUCUCCGAACCCUGGGAACUCUGCUCAUUACCAAUGGCCAAUUCCGCAAGCUACUCAAGGAUACCACUAUCCUCUUCCGCGACUUGGCUGGCGACGCCGCUACUAGCGCUGCUGGUCGCAUCCGCCCGUCGGAGGAGCAACUCGGACAAAUGGACCGGGCCGCCGAAGAUAAUACUUGGCACGACAAACCCGACUUCUCGAAAGAGAACCUUAGAAAGCAAGCCAAGGGCUUCUAUGGCGGCAGUCCAAAGAAAGACGCGCAGGACAUUGCUAAUUCCACAACUAAUGCUGCACUGCCCCAGGGAGUAAAUUCUGACAGAGUUGACACUGUUGCUGCACAGAGUGCUGUGCAGCAGAAGGUUGAUGAGAAGAUAGACCCGGAGACCAAGGAGAAGAUCAAGAAGAGCAAAGAGGAAUAUCGUCGAAGAACCAAGGAGUACUUCAACAAGAAGAUGCCGGAGGAGCGCAAGGACCAAAUAAUCUUCCGCCUCAAGAAGAUGGUGCUUGAGUGCCAGCAGCAUCCCGAAUACUCCAAGGCCAUUCAGACUCUCCUCCGUCUAGCCGAGACCUAUGGAAGCCAUGGACGCGGCUUGGGCAAGGAAUCUACCGGCUCUGCUAAGCAGGCUCGCUCUGGAUUCGCAGCUGCCGAGGCCGAUCUGCGUACAUUGAUUGAGCGAUUUGCCAAUGGAACGUCUACUUCGAAUCUUUGGGAGUCCAUCGGCCAGAUUUACAAGGAUGCGGACAAGGAUGCUGAGCUUAAAGACUGGUUCAAGAGCCUGGACAACUUUAUUCGCCGGUGCCUGCUGGAGCAAGGCUACAUUCUCGACGAAUCUUCUAACAAGCAGUGGAACCGCCUCUAUGAGAAGGGCAGGUUCUUGCUCCGUGAGAAGUACCGUAGCCACACUGACCGUGUCAUCGACGAGACCAAGUUCAUUGCCGACCAGUUCGACCAAGACUCCCAGAACAAGGCUUUUGGCGAGGCUGUGCAGAAACUAUUCAAUCACCUCGGAAACGAUUCCGCGGGCAAGUCUGUCUUUAAGCCACACCUUGUCAAGGACUUGGCGGAUACUAUCCUCCCCGCCGUUCUGAUGAACAUUAACUAUAUCCCAAUCCCUCGCAUUGAGUACUCGGAUUCGCAAGUUGAUGCCAUAAUCGAAAACUUGGUUCUUGAGAGUGACAAUUUUAUGCCUAAUAUUGCCGAGGUAUCGAGCGAGAACUUCUUCCGUUGGGGCCGCAAGAAGGUUGCCAACAAGCAUCACAACGUGAUUGACGUUAAAAUUUCGGGCAUCCAGAUGGAUCUCCGCGACGUCAACUUCCAUGUUAAUCGAAAGAAGGGCUUUCCAUCUUUGUCUGACACGGGUGUUCUUGACAUCUUGUUGCCUGGGAAUGGCCUGUCGUUCAGGAUGAAGGUUGCCACGGCUCAUAAAUCCGACAGUCAGAACAUUUUCAAGGUUGAAAAGGUGGAUGUUGAUUUCAAGAAUCUCAAAAUCAAGGUCAAGAAGUCCAACCACAAGCUCCUGUUUGCGAUUGUUAAGCCCCUCGCUCUGAAAGUCCUCCGCGCUCCUAUUCAGAAGGCUCUGGAGAAGGCCAUCAAGGACGAGUGUAACAAGUUCGACUCCCUCCUCUGGCAGAUCAAGAAGGAUGCCGACGCAGCCGGUGCUGGUGAUGUUGAGGACAAGGCCAACUUCUUCAAACGUUACUAUGAUGCGGCGCAGAAGCGCUAUUUGGAGGGCAAGGAGAAAACCAAGGAGGUCGCAUCAGACAAGAAGGUCAACAUUGCCAUGACGCUGGAGGACAGCAUCUUCCCCGAGGUCAAGAUGGCUGGUGGUGUCAGUUCCAAGGCAACCGAGUACAAGGAACUUUCACGAAAAGGAGACAAGUGGGAGAGCCCCGUCUUUUCCAUUGGCAGCGCCAAGAGGAGCACUGAUAUUCCUCCUGCUCCCAAAAUCGAAAACAAGGCUCGACCGGCGACCAGCGGACGGACGAAUGGCCACACCAACGGCAGCACCAACGUUCACCCCAACGCUAAUGCGAACAUUGUCAACGGCAAGGCGCCUCUGUCGUCUACCCCACUCGCGGCGCCGUUGGAGGUCAAUGCCGGCAACGUUAACCAGACCAUUGGGGGCCGUUAG